GUGUUAAGGCUGAAGUCGCUGGAUGCUGCCCUACAUAUUAUUGCAACAUCGCGAGUUCUGGCCCUUCACCGGUCGAGGAUCAGGGAGAAAAAAAAUUGCCAACGCAUUGCUUCUAACCCUUUCCUUGGAACAUGUGCGUACACAGCAGGACUUGUAUAGCCGGAUCGGAUACUAAAGCUGCCCAAGAGGGGGAUAAAAGCUCAAAUGAGCAUGGGAUAGCGGCGGGGCAUCCUCGCGAUGACAACGAGCACACGCAUCUGAAAGCUGGCAAAAGGUUGAGAAGGGGUGUGAGUUGGGCACCAGAGCGGGUCCGUUAUCCCCCUUCUCUUCCAAAUGUUUCUCUUCAUUAGUUCAAAGCGACCGGGUAUUCAUACUCUAAGGACACGCAUCAAGUAUGUCAUGAAGGUAGCCCGGGAUAGAGAGAGGUACGUGUGGACGAGUAUAGUGUGCACGCCUAACAACGGACAGGGAGCUAUAUGAUGGCUGGCGUCAUCCCCAGGCACAAAACUUCAUAUAUGCUGUGCGACGCUUUAGCAUGUCUUGCACAUCGGUGCGUGAAUAGGCAGGCAUAGUCUACAACGUCCCUCUGCCUGUGCGCCAAAGAACUGACACGACACA